GCUACUGCUUAUGAUAAUUAAGACAAUUAGUGAGGCUCGUUAGUAACGAACCCAAAAAGAUGUUAGGUUUUGGAAUAGAAAAAACGAGUGCUACAACAAUCCGAUGCACUGGAUAGAAAAUAAUCAAUAAAACAAAAGCCUUAAAAAACUCGCUAUGAGAAUACUAUACGGUAUUGAACGUUCACGUAAUUCGUCGAUAUGCGGCGGAACAUAAAAAAUGGUCAACGAUAGUGAGGAACCGACGAUACUGCAAGAAUCCGCAGAGCCUGGUGUUAUAGAUCAAAAAAUGCUGGUUGCUCUAAUAAUUGAUCAAGGACCGAAGAAGGAAGCUGGUAGAUUAUUCGUAGAAGAUGGAAUCAACCUUGACGAAGUAACAGAAAUUAGAAUUGAAUUUCUUAAUAUACUGAACAUCGAUCAUCUAUGGUUAAUGAAGAAUUUAGUUAAAUUGAAACUGAGCAAUAAUAGAAUAGAAAAAAUAGAGAACUUGGAUGUUUUGGUAAACUUGAAAGAGUUGGAUCUGUCAUUCAACCAAAUAGAAGCCAUGGAGAAUUUGAAUCACCUAAAAUGUUUGGAGAUUCUAUUGUUGUAUGAAAAUCAGAUAACUGUCAUUGAGGGUAUCGACGAUCUGAGUAAUCUCACCAUCUUCAGCAUCGGCAAUAACCAUAUCAAUGAUUGGGAGCAUGUAAUGUACUUGAGAAAGUUGAAAAAACUGCGGAGCUUAAACAUAGCUGGAAACCCUUGCCUGACUCAGGAAGGAUAUUUGGACUACUUGUUGGCAUUCCUACCGCAAUUGGUUUACCUUCAAUAUAAAAUGAUAACUGCAGAAGAACGACAAGCUGCAACAGAUAAACAUUACCGAGCCAUUAGUAAUUUGUUGGAAAUCGAAGCGAAGGAACAAGAAGAUUUAGAUAGACGAGCAGCGUUCGAGGCAAAUGUCGCACUGCUCUCCAUAUCUUACGUUGAAUAUCUUGACGGAGAUUAUUUGUUCAACAAAAUGUUUGAACGAGACAAAGAGGGCAACGACCUCCUCACGCUCAGCGAAGAUGCACGAUCCGCUUACGCCGAAUACAAAGUGAAAUUCAUGGAACUUAGCAAAGAUUUAUACGAGCUGGGACUUGCCGAACAAAUUCGAAGGUCUAAGGAAAUAAAAAUGUUUGAAGAUUUGGUCACUAAAGGGGAAGAUGAUAUUCAAAAGGAAUCUCAAAUUAUGAUGGAUGAAAUAAUGGACAGAAAAGCCGAAAUAUUAGCAGAUGUAAAAGAACUGAUGCAGUCGAUAACAGAGGAGUUGGAAACAGAAGUGCUCAAUGAGAAAUUAGAGAAGGCUCGAAAGCUCUCCGAAGACUUUAGCGAAUUGGUAGCCAGGACUUGGACAAAACUUAUGCACAAAGAAGUUAUUCUCCACGAACAGAUGGAGGAUGUAAACGAAGUGUUCAAACAUCGCAUGACAGAUAUGGUCGGCUCGUUCCUAGAAGCGGCUCAAAAUACAUUUUCUUUAAUGAGAAGCCUCGAGGCUGAUUACAUGGAUAAUAUUGCUGGAAUAGCUACCGUCGUCAUGAAUGCGAACCAAGGAACCGACGACAGCAAAAUGUCCCCCAGUCUGAUAGAAAUAAUUGGCGACAAGGAUAUAUUGAGCAACAAUCUGGCUGCGUCUCACGAUUUACAUCUACAGGUAAUCGACGGACGUGAGGAUCGUUUCAUAAGCCGACUCAACACUUGGUUGGAAGAAAAAAUCGUAAAGCUGGUAGAGGACGAGAGUAACAGAAAUCGCCAGAAGGUGUUGGAAAUAUCGCAUUUUCUCGAGUGUCAGCGUGAAGAAUUCAUCGCGUUGCAAUUACAACAACCUUUGUAUGGAAAAGUUGAGGAUACCGACGUCGCCGCGGUACUGGAAACGUAAUUUGUCCUGGUCCCGAUUCUUCUCAAGCCAAUUCAGGGCUGCCUCUCGCACCACCCUUUUUGUCACAGUUCGGGCAUCAGCUGCGGAGCGAAAUUUUUUCAGUAAUGAAAUUCAGAGUAAAAAUAUACCUAGUUUGCCUCACGAUGCUUACGUGCUACUCUAGCAAAGGAUCCGAUGUACUUUUCACAACUGACAAUUGCAUCGGCUUUGUCCUUG